ACCUCUUCCGUUUUCUCCAUUAAACCCAUGACUCGGGCCACUCUCUUUCCUUAAACAGUCUGCACACAUCAAUACAUCAUAAAGUAAAACCACAACGUGUCCGACCUUAACCAAAUCUCUGAUCUCCCCCCUUUCUCUAUCUCUGUUUCCUUCACAAAGAAUCGGGGAGCAUGGCAAGCCUCAGAGUCUCCUACUUGCUCUUGCUUCUCUCAAUUUUAGCCUUUGCAGAUGGAGGUUCAAUUGGAAUAAACUAUGGCCGAGUGGCAAACAAUCUGCCACCUCCAUCGAAAGUGGUGGAGCUUCUGAAGUCACAGGGAUUCGACCAAGUUAAGCUCUACGACACCGACUCGGAAGUCCUCACUGCGCUAGCCAACUCGGAUAUAAGUGUCACCGUUGCACUCCCCAACGAGCUCCUCUCCUCCACUGCUGCGGACCAAUCUUUCGCUGACAACUGGGUCCAAACCAACAUCUCUCAGUUCUAUCCUGCUACCAAAAUCGAAGCCAUUUGCGUCGGAAAUGAGGUAUUUGCUGACCCCAAUAACACGACCAAGUUUCUCGUACCCGCCAUGAAAAACAUCCAUGCCUCCCUGGCCAAGUACAGCCUUGAUUCUGCUAUCAAAAUCUCGUCCCCUGUAGCUCUCAGCGCCCUCCAAUCUUCAUACCCAUCCUCAUCCGGAUCUUUCAAGUCCGAACUAGUUGAACCCGUCAUCAAGCCCAUGUUGGACCUUCUGCGUCAAACCGGGUCGUACUUCAUGGUCAACGUGUACCCAUUUUUCGCAUACAGCGCCAACUCGAACGAUAUCUCCUUAGACUACAGUUUGUUUAAGCAAAACCCGGGUGUGGUGGAUUCCGGUAAUGGCUUACGUUACAACAGCCUGUUCGAUGCCCAAGUCGACGCCGUUUUCGCUGCCCUUUCCGCACUCAAGUACGAUGACGUGAAGAUAGCAGUCACUGAGACUGGGUGGCCCUCACUGGGUGAUACGAACGAGAUUGGUGCAAGCCAUGACAAUGCGGCGUCGUAUAAUGGUAAUUUGGUACGCAGGGUCCUCACUGGCGGUGGAACCCCGCUACGACCACAGGAUCAACUCGACGUUUUUAUCUUCGCCUUGUUCAACGAGAAUGAAAAAACGGGUCCCAUAUCGGAGAGGAACUAUGGCCUAUUCUACCCCAGUGAGCAGAAAGUAUACGACAUACCCCUGACACAAGCGGAGCUCGACGGUAGCCAGUCAACUCCCGUCAACGGGAGCAAGAGCCAGCAGGUUACGCCGACCGGCAAUGUAACGAAGACGUCUGUGGGCUCGGGUCAGACGUGGUGUGUGGCAAAUGGGAACGUCGGGGAGGAGAAGUUGCAGGCUGCACUUGAUUAUGCAUGCGGACAGGGAAGGGCUGAUUGUCAACCGAUACAGCCAGACGCCACGUGUUACAAUCCCAAUACGCUAGUGGCCCACGCUUCGUACGCUUUUAAUAGUUUCUAUCAGAAGAAUGCCCGUAGUGCAGGAUCAUGUGACUUUGGUGGUGCGGCUUAUGUGGUCACUCAACCACCUAGUUUUGGGACUUGCAACUUCCCUACAGGGUACUGAGCGCAUGACGAAGAGAUUGUUGAGGGUUUGGUGAAUUAUAGCUGAAGAAAUGAUACUUGCAAAUUUAAGAUGGCUAAGUUUCAAAUAUUUUAUUUUAAAAAAAUGAUCAAUAUUAUUAAAAAAACAUUUUUUUAAUAAUAAAUUUCAUUUUUUUAAAUUGAAAACGCAAAAGUUACAAAUCUUAAAACUCUUUCUAUAUAAUUUUUGGUUUGGACGGCCGAUUUUUUAUUUUUUCAUACUAGUUUAUAGGGAAUUGUUGACUUAUUUUUGUUUUCUUGAAAUUAAUUACUAGAAUAAAAUACGUUUAGUUGUUGUAGAAGAUAUGGAUUACCUGGCUCUUUUUGUCCACAUUCAUGUAUCUGUUUAUAUAGAUAUAUAUUUGUUAUGGAGGGUUAUGUACGUUAAGGCA